UUAAAAGUAACACCAGAUAACUGUAUAUAAAUAUAUUUUUUUUUUGUUUUUGGAAAAUACAAUUCACCGAGAGAUUUAUUCUUAUGUGAUAUCACCAAGUCAAAGCAAAGAGAUGAGAAUCUUGUGUAUUGCUUUCGUCACUUUGGCUAUUACCAGCGGGACACUUGCGGGCUACAUCAAUGCUUUUGACCAACCUUUCACUUUCAGCUGUCCAGCGAAAAAAAUUAUCAGCUAUAUUUCCAGCGUCCAUGAUAACUUUUACGAAGACAGGCUGUGGGAAAUUCACUGCAGGUCCGAAGGGCAAACGUCCGGCUGUGUCAAUUCAGACGAUUACGUGAAUAAUUUCGACAACCCAGUAUUCUUUCUUUGCCCUGGCAGCAAAGUUCUGACAGGUAUUGAAAGCUAUCACCACGACCACUAUGAAGAUCGUAGGUUCAAGUUCCAGUGCUGCGACGUGACUGAAAGAAUCCCGAGCAAUUGCUACACCACCGCGAACAUGAACGAAUGGGACGGCAAGCUGACCAUGUUGGUACCAGAGGGUCAAGCCAUCGUCGGAGUUUUCAGCCACCAUAACGAUUUCUACGAGGAUAGGUUGUUCAGUUUUAGACUUUGUACUCUGUAGUAGAAAUCUCUCAACAAAAGUGCAUUAAACAAAUUAUUAUGUUUACAGUA